AUGCCCAACCUCAUGUGGGACUACGAGCUGGCGCGGGUGGCGCAGCGCUGGGCUGACCAGUGCGCUUCCGGCCACGACAAGUGCCGCAGCGUGGCGCGCUACUACGUGGGCCAGAACCUCGCCUGGUCGUGGGGCGGCAAGAAGGACUGGAAGCGCUGGGCGGUCGGCCAGUGGUUCCACGGCGAGCUACCGUUCUUCCGGCAGAGCGACCUGGUGUUCCGCCGGGGCACUGACCCGGCAUCCGGCCGCGCCAUCGGUCACCUGACCCAGGUGAUCUGGGCGCGCACCACCAGGGUUGGCUGUGGCUACAUCGAAGUGCAGGCGGGCAGGUGGGUGAAGCGCACAUACGCUUGUAACUACGGACCGGGUGGGAACAUCCGGAACCACAAGAUCUACCAGCGUCGUUAG